UCAUUAUCCACCAUUCAAAAAUGAUAAAAGACGGUGAAAUAGAGCCUUAGCUUUUCCACCACCUUUUUUUCUUCUCAAAAACAUAACACCCAAAAACAAAAACAGAGAAUUAGCCCUGUUACUAAUCAAAAAUGGCGUUGAGAAUGUGGGCUUCUUCUACUGCUAACACCCUUGGUCUCUCUUGUGCUUCUAAAGCUCUUCCUUUUCCUGCAUUUUCUCUUUCUAGAUGCUUUUCCACUGUUUUGGAUGGAUUGAAGUAUGCAUCAUCACAUGAAUGGGUGAAACAUGAAGGUUCAGUGGCCACCAUUGGCGUUACUGAUCAUGCUCAGCACCAUCUUGGGGAUGUGGUGUUUGCAGAGCUACCAGAAGGAGGAGCUGAUGUAACUGCCGGAAAGGCGUUUGCAUCGGUGGAGAGUGUGAAAGCAACCAGUGAUGUUAAUUCUCCCAUUUCUGGUGAAAUUGUUGAAGUUAACUCCAAGGUUUUAGAGACUCCUGGUCUGAUUAACUCGAGUCCAUAUGAGGAUGGAUGGAUGAUCAAAGUGAAGCCAAGUAACCCAGCAGAGUUGGAAAGCCUGAUGGAUUCUAAGGAGUACACAAAAUUCUGCGAGGAAGAAGACGCUCAUUAACACUUCACACUGAACAAUAAAUUAAAAUCAUGUUUCACGUUUGUUUGAGCUGUGUUUGAUGUUAAAUUUGCAAAUCUUUAUGUAUAAUUAGAGUGCUAAUUUUGCUCUCCGUGA